GAGGUGGGGUGGGGGGAGGGAGCGCCCCCAGAAAUUCUCGGGCAUCACCCCCUGCCCCAAGCACGCAAUAAACACUGACAAGAAAAAGUUUUUAUUUCCUGGUUCAACUUUUUUUUUUUUUCCUGGAAUAUAGACUGAAGAAUGGGAAUAAACACGAAUAAAUAACAGAGCGAGGCCGCGCACGCCGGGAUGCGCCUGGCUGCAGCCGCGAGGCUAUUGUCUCACCGCCCUGAAGCCAGCCCCGGCCUCGUCCUCCGGCUUCUUCCCUUUCCCUGUCCUUUUUUAUUUUCCUUUUUAAAAAGCCGCCCCCUCCAGUCCCCUGGCCAGUGACCUUGGCCUCCUCGGAUGCUCUGAUUACACGCGGCUCCCACCAACUUGCCCCCACGCCGGCCGGGCCCAUGGCCACGUCCGAGGACGGGAGCGGCUGCCUCGUGUCGCGGGGCCGCUCGCAGAGUGACCCCAGCGUCCUCACCGACUCCACGGCCACGUCCUCCGCGGACGCCGGGGAGAACCCAGAUGAGAUGGACCAAACCCCCGCAGUGCGCUCUGAAUAUCUGCUCUCAGGGAUUCGAACUCCCCCCGUGAGGAGAAACAGCAAACUGGCCACCCUGGGCAGAAUCUUCAAACCCUGGAAAUGGAGGAAAAAGAAAAAUGAAAAAUUGAAGCAGACAACGUCCGCCUUGGAGAAGAAGAUGGCCAGCAGGCAAGGUCGGGAGGACCUCAUCAAGAAGGGGCUCCUGGAGAUGAUGGAGCAGGACGCUGAGAGCAAGGCGUGCAGCCCCGACGGAGAUCCCCGAGUUGCACAGAGUGAACCUUCCACUCCCAAGCAGGAGCCGCUGACCUCGGCGGAAGCCCAGCUGGGGAGCCCUUUGGCCACUGGGACGGACCAGGCUUCCCUGGAUGAGACGCUGUCCUCGGACACCCCUUCAGACGAUGCAGCCAAGAUGUCGUCCGCAUCCAGAGAUGAAGAAGCAGGUGCUGCUGGCAGCCUCCCACCCUCCACGGACGAGCUCUCUCAAGCCUUAGCUGGGUCCGACCCCCUGGACAGUCCUCCCAGACCCCUGGAGAGAUCCGUGGGCCAGCUCCCCAGCCCCCCGCUGCUGCCCACCCCGCCGCCCAAGGCAGGCUCCAGGACCACGAGGAGCGUCACAGGCCAGGCCACACUCUUCCAAGGCUCUGGCGGGAAGAGUACUGACCCUCCUGUCCGAGGCCAGCUUUCCACGCCCACGGGGUCCCCACAUCUCACCGCUGUCCACCGGCCGCUGCCCCCCAGCCGAGUCAUCGAGGAGCUGCACAGGGCGCUGGCCACCAAGCACCGCCAGGACAGUUUCCAAGGCAGGGACAGUAAGGGGUCCCCGAAGAAACGCGUGGACGUCCGGCUGUCGAGGACGUGCAGCGUGGAGCGGGGCAAGGAGCGGGGCGAGGCUUGGAGCUUUGAUGGAGUCUCGGACGGCAAGUGGACCGUGGCUCAGGAGUCCGAGGAGAAUAAGGAGAACCUGAUCAUGAAUUCCGAACUCAAGGAUGACCUGCUUUUGUAUCAAGACGAAGAGGCCCUGAAUGACUCCAUCAUCUCUGGAACACUGCCGAGGAAGUGCAAGAAGGAGCUCCUGGCAGUGAAACUGAGGAACCGGCCCAGCAAGCAGGAACUGGAAGACCGCAAUAUCUUCCCCAGGAGGACGGCCGAAGAGAGGCAGGAGAUCCGGCAGCAGAUUGAGAUGAAACUCUCCAAACGGCUGAGCCAAAGACCCGCCGUGGAAGAACUGGAGAGAAGAAACAUCUUGAAACAAAGGAAUGAUCAGACAGAGCAGGAAGAAAGAAGAGAAAUCAAGCAGAGAUUGACAAGAAAGCUGAAUCAGAGACCCACGGUUGAUGAACUGAGAGACAGAAAAAUUCUGAUACGAUUCAGUGACUACGUGGAGGUGGCGAAAGCACAGGACUACGACAGGCGGGCAGACAAGCCCUGGACAAGACUGUCGGCAGCAGAUAAGGCAGCAAUUCGUAAAGAACUGAAUGAAUACAAAAGUAAUGAAAUGGAGGUACAUGCAUCAAGCAAGCAUCUGACAAGAUUCCACAGGCCAUAGAGAUUUUCUUCUGAGAAGAAUUGUGUUUAAUUUUUUGAUACCAACACUGAACAUUCAUCAGGGAACCUUCCUGAAGUUCAGCUCACGACUCCCUGCUGUGUUUGUGCGAGGAGCAGGACCCACACAGGUGAAAUCUUGGCCACACUCACCUGUAAGAGGACCAGCAGAGGACACUCUUCACUCUCUGGUGUCUGAGGAGUGUGAACUGCUGGGGUCAGUAAAGACCCCAAGUAACUCGACCAGAAGAAAACUGUUGUUUGCCUUCCCGCCUUGUUUUGCAGUUCUGCGGUGUGACCAGGGACGGCCGCGUGCGUGUGCAGGGUCGCCGCGCCGAGGCUCCGACCGAGGGACGUGUACGCAGUGUCUUCAGUACCGUGUGGAAAAGACGUUUUUAUUCUGAUCACAGUUAAUUUGAGAACUCUUUAAGUUCGUGUCAUACAAAAUGACUUACUGUAUUAUUCUUUUUUUAUAUAAUGUCUAACAAAAAAUGCAGCUGCAACAUUUUCAUUCCUGUUAAUUUUGUUCUUUAAUUAAAUGACUACUCAUUGCAGGAAAUUAACCUGGGUGUUACAGUUUCUUGGGGUUGGGGUGAGAGAUUUUUUAGAACAGGAUGUGAAACGAGUCCAAUUUUACUACUUUUGAGCCAUCAGAAGCCAAACACAUAAAGGAGAAUUCAAACUUCUUGUGCGUUUUGUUUUGUAAAUUCUGUUAGUAUACGUGGUUUGUGCCUUAGAAAAUCAAAUUAUCCUUUUCAAGUUAAUUUAAGUUUAUGUAUCAUUCAGUAAUGAACCUAGAAAUAAGUAAUAACUUGUUGAAAAAUUCUACCAAAAGGAAAAUUAUGCCCUCUUUAAGAGUAUUUUUAAUUUCAUAUUUGCAAACAUUAUUAAAAACUCUGUUAUAAGAGACAAAGGUUUAGCUGGAGUGGAGAUCAUAAAGAGGAAACUUACCCUGUCACAAAUGUAAAAGGUAAUAUUGGCACAAAGGGGGAAAGUAAGUUAAAUAAAAAUAAAUGUUCCCUGAAAUACAUUUUUACUUGGCCUUCGAGUAAGCAUCCUCGUGAAAAUGAGCCCUCCCUCCUGGUCCAUCGAGGCAGGGAGCACAGUGCUUGGAUAAGGGCUUUGGGAUCUUGCUGAACCUGUGCCGAAAUCCCAGCUCUGUGCCAUUCAGCAAGGUAUUUAUUUCCUCUUCAGGAAGCUCUCCCACCCCCUCCCGGCCCCGCCCCGCCCCACCCCAGACUCUCUUUCUCUCUCUCACACACACAACACUACUGUAAUCUCUAAAUGAGAUAAAGGAGGGACAGUGGCUGAGGUGCCAGCACAGUGCCCGGCAAGGUCUGUCCACCGCGGGUGUGGUUGCCAGGUAGCCCUGGAGCUGCCGAACCUCGCCUGUGACUUCUCACUGCUCAAGCUACCUCAUUGCUCUCCUUGACUUUUCCUGUUCUGCUGCUUCAAGGCUGCAGUAGGUCAGGCGCCCGUGGAAACUGCUCAACCCUUGUGGUAGCACUUGGUCCUAAGGGACUUGCGAUCAGUCCUAGAUGCUAGCAAACAUACUGUCAGUUUGUGGAAUUGGGGUCUUUUAUAAGAAAUCACUGUAUGGUAGAAAAAUUCCAGCUCUACCUCUUACUUGCUGUGUAACCUUCUGUGAAUCGCUUGACUUCUCUGAGCCUCAGUUUCUGUGUCUAUGAAAUGAUAUCUAAAUCCUUUCUAAUGAGAAGCCAAUCCCUUAAUUUUAUAAGCAUUUAUGUGUAUGUAUAUAUAUUGUAUAUUUAAUAUAUAUAUGUGUGUACUCUUUUAUACAUAAGCUGUUACUUGUGGCCAGUCAACCCCCAAAAUACUUAUUUUCUAUUUUAAGUACAUAUUAGCUCCCUAUUUUAUAUUUUAUUCAAUUUAAAAUAUUAAUUGGAGCCAGACUGUAAAAAUAAGAUUUCAAUCUCCGUCACCUAGAAAUAUCCAUAUAACUGCUUACUGUGAAGCAAAGAAAGGAAAAAGUUUCCCUUAUUCUAGAAAUCAUUCUGGCCCCCGAAGCAAAAAGGAUCCGUGCUUAGAAAAUAACUAAACUGCAGCUAUAGUCAGAGAUAGUCUGAUAGCUGGGACACAUGUUCAGGGUUUUUUGCCCAAGUAAAGACCCAUAACUAAUAGAUAAAUAAAAUUAAAAAUUUACGAUAAAAUACAAGAUAUCCAAAGCAGGGUUUUUUGGUUUGGUCCAGACUCAAGGGUUCUAAGAUAUCAUAAAACCAGAAAACAUUUUCAUUGUAAUCAAAAUAUUUGCAAUGGUACCUAACUUCUAUCACUGUAUUUUUAUUAAUCAUAAACUCUUUCCCUAAAUUGUAUUUCCAUAUUUCAUGUUCUUAGCAGGUAUUACAGAGGAUGAGAUAACCUAAAACUGUGAAUCAAGUACGUGUAUUUACUCUGCACCUACUAAGUGUAUGGAAUCCUGCACUAAAUAAGUAUAUGACAUGGCAUCUCAAAUCUCUCUCAUCCUAGUUAGUUGGAGGAACAAAAUUAAAAACCAAUUAAUAAAUCACAUGGUACUGGUGAUAUACAUGCAUAUGUAUAUGAAUUUAAAUAUGCUGUAUAAAUUUGAAGAGAAAGUUUAUAUUCUUAGGAGCCUGAAGACUUAGAGAAAACAAUUCUGCUUUCUUAUUCAUAACAAUCAGAUAUAGUAUCUGAAUUAUAAGAAUUCUUCAUGAGUGCUACUAGUAGUAGUCAUU